UAAUAAUAAUAAAAACAAAUACAAAUAAGCAUAGUCCUGAGGAGGAUUGCUUCGCACAUGAUCAGUUUGAAGGAGGUCGUGGUCGAGGAAGGUAGCCAUCGUUUCCUCGAUGAGCGGUGACAGCGUGACAGGCUUGUGCUUUAAUCCAAAGCGGCAGGUGCGCUCGGUUACGGCCUGUGACUAUAUAUGUGCGCGCGCGCGCGACCGUUCUAUCGCCACGCUCAAUGCAAAUAAGGCACGUCCUUCCGCCACUUUAUCAACUGUUUCAUUCGAUCGGUUCUUAGUAGGUUCCUUGCUUCUUCCUUGCGUCACUCCUGAUCUUCACCGAAAAGUGUUCAUUGGCUGUCUUGUCCUUUUCCCUGCCACUGUACAGUUGUAGAGUGGAUAGGGUAGGGCGGCUUCUUGAAUCGCAAUCAAAGGGACGACGAGCUUUCUUCUUUCUGUCUGCCUUUUUUUUGUUUGUUUGGUUGGUUUUUUGGUUCUUGGAGAUUUGGCUGUUAAAUCCGAAGAGGUUCGAUUAUUUGGCAAUGCGAGUGUCUUUGCCGUCCGAAACGAUCGGUAGGAUCCGAAAUUUAGGGUUUCCUCUUUGGAUUCGUCUUCCUGAUGGCUGGUGAUGCAUCGUGGGAGGAGAGUUAUCCCAUCGCCUACUUCCACCGCGAGAUUGCAGUGUUGAAGCCCAUGCCGCCUGGAGAUAGAGACAGCAGCGACCAGGAGGAGGACACAUUGAUCUCGUUAGACGCGAUUUUGCCCGACGAUCUACUGGAGAAGGUGCUCUCCUUCCUGCCCAUCGCCAGCAUCGUCCGGUCGAGCUCCGUCUGCAAACGGUGGUACGAGGCCGUGCACUCCGGGCGGCCGUCGUGGGCCAAGAUGUCGCCGCAGAAGCCAUGGUACUUUAUGUUUACCUGCAGCGACGACGCCGUCUCCGGCUAUGCCUACGACCCGAGCCUCCGCAAGUGGUACAGCUUCGACUUCCCGUGGAUCGAGAAGAGCAACUGGUUGACCUCCUCCUCCUGCGGCCUGGUCUGCGUCAUGGACGGCGAAGACCGAAGCCGCAUCUUCGUCUGCAACCCAGUCACGCGCGACUGGAAGAGGCUGGGCGACGCCCCCGGCGGGUGCUCCCCCGAUUACUGCGCCCUGGCGGUGUCGGUCGACCGGCGCACGCACGGCUACACGGUGGCCGUCGCCAAGUGCAAGCAGGUGCCGCAGGACUACUACCAGUGGGACUUCUCCAUCCACAUCUACGAGUCGGCCACCAGCUCCUGGGUCACCCUCUUCACCCAAGUCCUCGCCGGCUGGAGGAGCGGCGAUGAGUGCGUCAUCUGCAAUGGAGUCCUCUACCUGCUAAUCUACUCCACCAGCGUCCUCCGCAACGUGGAGUCGCGCCAUUGCUUGGUGAUGUACGACCUGGCCCCGCGGCCCUCCUCUUCCGGGACGUCUCUGAUGCAAAUGGCUAUCCCCGCGCCCUGCUCUCUGACCUGCGGCCGAUUGAUGAAUCUCGGCGACAGAUUGGUCAUGGUCGGCGGGAUAGGGAAGCAUGACCGACCGGGGAUCAUCAAAGGGAUCGGGAUUUGGGAGCUGGAGAAGAAGGAAUGGUGGGAGGUGGCUCGGAUGCCGCACAAAUUCUUCCAAGGCUUCGGCGAAUUCGACGACGUCUUCGCCAGCAGCGGCGCCGACGACCUAGUCUACAUACAGAGCUUCGGUUCUCCGGCGCUGCUGACCUUCGACAUGAGCCAGAAGCUGUGGAAGUGGUCGGUGAAGAGCCCGGUGACCAAACGUUUCCCCCUCCAACUCUUCACCGGCUUCUGCUUCGAGCCCAGGCUCGAGGUGGCUUCCUGAUCUCUCUUCCUGCGCUCCUUCCUCUGCCUUUUGCUUUACAACUCAACAAAGAUGCCAAUUCUGUUGUCUACUCUAGUUUUGGCCACGCACCCUACUUUGUUUUGAGAGUUGAGAGUCCAUGAUUUAGUUAUAUCAUCCACGCACAAUUCUGUUUGAUC